AUGGCUUCUUUCCAACUUGAUGACCAGGUUCUAGUACAAGAGACUAUGUUCGUGAGAACAUUGACCUUGAACAGGCCUCGCCAACUGAACACCCUUUCCCUUGAAAUGAUCUCUCAGCUGUCAGAACUUUUCCUGGCCUAUGAGGACGAUGCCAAUGCCAAGUUGAUCAUUCUCAAGGGUAGAGGAAGAGCAUUUUGUGCUGGCGGCAAUCUAGCCGCCGUGCAUCGUCACUUUCUUGAAGGAAAUCUGAAAUAUGGUGAAAAAGUUAGUCAGAAGAUCAUCAACUUAACCUAUUUGAUAGCAACAUACACUAAACCCCAGGUUUCAAUUCUGAAUGGGAUUGCCAUGGGAGCUGGGGUUGGUAUUUCAGUACACGGAAAAUUCCGUGUAGCAACAGAGAAUUCGAUCUUCGCAACGCCAGAAAAUGGUCUGGGAUUUUUUCCUAAUGUGGGUGCUUCUUAUUUCUUGUCAAGACUUCCUGGAUUUUUUGGAGAGUAUUUGGGUCUCACAGGUGCCAGGUUGGAUGGUGCUGAAAUGCUUGCUUGUGGUCUAGCAACUCACUUUCUUCCCUCAGCCAAAUUGCCUCUACUGGAAAAAGCUCUGAUUUCCAGAGCAGCUUCAGCUACUUCCUCAAGCUUUGAUCUUGCUUUUAUUUCAGCAAUUAUAGACGAACACUCCCUACAGAAACCGGCUCUGAACGAGAAAAGUGCUCUUCACAAAUUGGAUGUCAUUGACAAGUGCUUCUCCAGACCAACUGUUGAAGAAAUCUUAAGUGCCCUUGAGAGGGAGGCUGCAGAAGCACACAUGGCAGAUGAUGACCAUCGUCAUGAAUGGUUAGCUUUGACGAUUCGUUUACUGAAGAAGGCGUCGCCGAUGAGCUUGAAGAUUUGUUUGAGAUCCAUUAGAGAAGGAAGGGUGCAGGCAAUUGACGAAUGCCUUGUCCGCGAGUACAGAAUAACUAGCCAUGUACUGCGAGGGCAAAUAAGCAAGGACUUCAGAGAAGGUUGCAGAGCUAUCGUGUGGGACAAGGAUAAGAAACCAAAGUGGAAGCCUUCCAGUUUGGAGCUCAUCACUGACCAUAUGGUUGAUCACUACUUCUCUAAGUUGGAUGGUGAUGAAGAAUUAAAGCUCCCUCAAAGAUCCAACUUGCCUGCAUUUGCCAAUGCCAAGCUUUGA